AUGUCUGACAGCAGGUGGAGGUGUGGAUGUGCGGUACGCAGGUACGUACGCGUUGCGUCAAGCGCUGGCGUUGGUGAGCUUGGCCUGUGCGUUGUGCAGGAUGUCGGACAGCAGGUGGAGGUGCGUGUGCGCGGGUACGUACGUGUUGCGUCAAGCGCUGGCGUUGGUGAGCUUGGCCUGUGCGUUGUGCAGGAUGUCGGACAGCAGGUGGAGGUGCAUGUGCGCGGGUACGUACGUGUUGCGACAAGCGCUGGCGUUGGUGAGCUUGGCCUGUGCGUUGUGCAGGAUGUCGGACAGCAGGUGGAGGUGCAUGUGCGCGGGUACGUACGUGUUGCGUCAAGCGCUGGCGUUGGUGAGCUUGGCCUGUGCGUUGUACAGGAUGUCGGACAGCAGGUGGAGGUGUCGUGUUCGCGGGUACGUACGCGUUGGGUCAGGCGCUGGCGUUGGUGA